AUGGAAAGUAGAAGCUCACACAUAGACUGGCUUAAAAGAAGAAGGAAUGAUAAUAAAAAUGAUAAUCACCAUUCUCUCCCGUCCAAAAGGAGUAAGAGAAACUCUAUCUUCCAGGAGUCUCAGGAUGCUGCAUCUUCAAGCAGUGACAAUAAUAGGAGCAGCAGUGUUAAUUUCCCAGACAGAAUAAUUGGUCCAGAAAACAGCUUAAACCAGAUCAUUGUUGAACCCAACAUGAGUACCCCUCAGUCCUUAUAUGAGAUGUAUGCAUUAUGCCAAGGUCAUUACUCCCACAUCAACCAGAUCUUAAGGAAGGCACACUUCAAUAGCCUAUCACAGUGAGGACAAUCUCCAACAUAA